AUGGCCUGUAGACCUAAAAAUGGAACCAAGAUCCAAGUUCCAUCUUUCUUCUCCUCUGGAGAUGCAGCACAUACCCCUGUCAGUGGAAACUGUGACAGCCACCAACCCUCACUGGGAAAGACUCGAUGCUCCAGCAGAGAUGAACACAGAGAAGCUGCUGAACAACUCGUGAUUGUUGUUUUUUUCCUCCCCAGUGACUACCACAAAAAGCAAAAUGCUCUCAGGGCGCUGCAGAAGAAAGCUCUGGACAAGAACCCCGAUGAGUUCUACUUCAAAAUGAUACGUUCAGAGGUCAAGGAUGGAGUCCAUGUAAUAAAGCAGCCAAAGGAUGAAAUUACCCCGGAGCAGAUGAAACUGAUGAGGACACAGGAUAUUAAAUACAUAGAAAUGAAAAGAGUUGCAGAAGCCAAGAAAAUCGAGCGCCUGAAGGCAGAGCUCCACCUGCUGGACGCCGCGGGGAGCGCCGCGGGCCAGCACCUCUUCUUCGUGGACACGGAGCGGGAAGUUCGGGAGUUUGACCUUGCUGCUCACCUGGACACUGUUCCUGAGCUGGUGGAUAGAGUGUACAACAGACCAACCAUUGCAACUCUGCAGAGAGAGGCAGUGAAGGGACCUACUGAUCCUGCCCACCUAAAGAAAUUAGCCCAGCAGAGGAAGAACCAGUAUGACCUCCUGAGGCAGCGCAUCGAGAGGGAGAAGGCCAUGUUUGUCAUCUCCCAGAAAAUCCAGACACGCAAGGAUCUUCUGGACAAAACUCAUAAAGUAAAGGUGAAGAAAGAAACAACGACUGGACCAGCUAUUUAUAAAUUCAAGUUUCAGAGGAAACGUUAGCCAUUUCAUGGGAUAAUUGUUACAGUCUCUGCUCAGGAAGGAGGAGCCAUCUCCCUUGGAGAAGGGCUGGUGCAGCCUCCUUUUGACUGCAGCUCAGCACUUUGUUGAAACAAAUCACUGUGGGACAGUGGUAGCCAUCUGUGUGUUUGUUCUGAUUAAUUGAUUAAUAAAUCAGAGUUUGUUCUUUUGAUA